AUGCAUGCAUGCCUCGAGUUCUCCGGGCCACAGCUGCACAAUCUACUUGCUGCCUACGUGGCCUAUCAACCACACAUUGGCUACAUCCCUGGCAUGUCGCAUCUGGCUGCUCUGCUGUUGCUGGUUGUUCCAGACCCGUUUGACAGUUUCGUGCUAUUUGCUAACAUUCUGGACACCCCUUGUCAUCGCGCUUUCUAUAACCCGAAUGAAAGCGAGUUUGUGGUCUAUUUCCGCGCGUUUGAUCAUCUACUGGCCGAUCGUAUGCCCCAUUUGCAUUCACAUUUCACCCGAGUCGGGUUGGAACCGAACAUGUAUCUGUUCGACUGGCUGUUCACCAUUUUCAGUCGCACACUUCCGCUGGAAGCGGCACUCCGUGUUUGGGAUGUGUACAGCGCGGAGGGCGAUAUUAUCCUGUUCCGUGUUGCACUCACGCUACUGCAUCACUUCCAACGGGACCUGAUGCAGCUCUCGUUUGAUAAACUGAUCGCCUUCUUGACCAGCCGGUUACCGUUGGAUCUCACGGGAGAUCAGUUGAUGAAGCACGUUUAUGCUAUUCGUCUGAAACGUAGCACAUGGGAGCGAUAUUUGCAUAAUUCUCGUCCAGGUCACAAGUCGCGCAAAUUGCAUCAUGGGCAUAUUUUCACGCAUCAUCAUUCUGUGUCACAUGUACUCAAUUCCACCGAUCCGACCAUUUGUCGAAAUUCAUUUGCUGACGGUGCCAACGGAUCGAUAAACCUCGAUGCUCUUCCAGACCCCAACAAAUUUCACCCCGGCCUUGUGGAUCAUUCCACUCGUAGUCUUUACUCACCCAGUUCCACAACUAGUGAGGGCGUACCAGAAGACGACUUGGAACCGCAUGCGGAGCGUACUGACACAAUCCCUCCAUCUGCUGGUGAUUGGGCUCUAGAUUGGGAUUUAGGACCAAAAACCCCAUGGACCGUUGACCUUCAUCCGUCCCCUUUCAAUUCUGCCGUGUUCACUUUUGAUGAGGAUAUACCGUUCUCUGCACCACCCAAUGUGCCACAUCGUACCCCCGGACAUCGAAAGUUUUCACGUUGGGCAUCUGAGUGGGCUUUGUCUGACUUUGGCGGGGAUAGUGCAACAUCACGUUGGCGCACUGGAAAUGGCAACGGAAAAGAUAGAAUCACAAAAAAUGUUGGUGAGAGUAUCGACAGUGAAGGGAAAAUCACGGGAACGGGGUUCAUCCGGAAGGAUCAAAUUGCAGUAGCGACUGUGCUCUGCCGGACCAAGUUUCCGGCGGAGCAGGCGGAUCACUGCGUCGUCCCUGCGAUUGACCGUUUCAACUGUGAACACGUCCUCAUAUUGACUGCACCAAGACUCGAAUGUUACACCGUUAUCGGGAUCGUACACGAAUUCUGUCGUCAUUCUGGCGUUAUGGCCCUAUGA